AUCUGGAGGUGUGUUCGUGUAUGUGAGAAGUGUGUGUGUGUGUGCGUUCGAGACACACAAACCCGCCAGCUAAGUGACGACCCAAACAACGAACGGUAAACCAGUGCAUCAAAGAAGAAAAACAAAGGGGAAAUUUUCGCAAAGAAAAGUCCAACAGAUCAUUUCGUUCGUGUGCAUAUGAAAAACAGCAACGUCAACUCCCUGGUACAAGCUGCAAUCUGAAAUGAGAUGCAAACCCGAAGACGCGUUCAUCAAACGGACCAGCAGGAUUACAGCAGCAGCAGUACCUAUACCAUUCAAGAGGAUCAACAGGGAGGAGCAGGCGCAGGAUCUGUGGGCACGGGAACAGCUGGCGGAUCGGUAGGACUAUUAGCACAGUCCCUGGUUCCACCACCAACUGGUCACGAGGCGACCAUCCACAUUGGAGACAACCACCAGUUGGGCGAUUCCAUUUCCACUCCCGAUUACUCCGACGACAAGUACGGCAAGGCGGCCCGCCAGUGGAACCUACGCGCCUUCUCGGGCCACGCACUGCGCACUUUAAGUGCCGCUGCCGCCGUGGUCACCGGCAAUCAACCGGGCAACAAUAACGAUAGCCAAAGCAACUAUAGCUACCCCGCUUCCAUUCCGACUAGUUCACAGUUUUACCAAUCGAAGGAGGAGCCGCAGGAACCGGAACCCGAACCAGAAAUAUUCGUCAUGGCCGCACGCGAUCGAACGGGCGAGUUCGCCAACGCGAUUCGUUCUCUGCAGGCUCGAAACAUCACCCGUGCAGUCAAUAUACGCGAUCCCCGCAAAGCCAAGCAGGUUCAGAGCUACUCGGAGUUCAUGAUGGUCGCCAGGUUUAUCGGCAAGAACAUAGCCAGCACCUACGCCAAACUGGAGAAGCUCACAAUGUUGGCCAAAAAGAAGAGCUUAUUUGAUGACAGACCGCAGGAGAUUCAGGAGCUGACUUAUAUCAUCAAAGGCGACCUAAAUGCCUUAAACCAACAAAUUGCCCGACUGCAGGACAUCUCCAAGGAUCAGCGGCGUCACACAAACGGCAAGCAUUUGGUGUCACAUUCCUCUAACAUGGUACUAGCCCUGCAAUCGAAGCUGGCCAGCAUGAGCACGGACUUUAAGCAAAUCCUGGAGGUGCGCACAGAGAACCUCAAGCAGCAGAAGACGCGUCGGGAUCAGUUUAGCCAGGGACCAGGUCCGUUGGCCGCACACACCGUCUCCCCUUCGACAGCCAAGCAGGGAUCCUUGCUUCUCAGCGAGGAAAACCAAGCGGUCAGCAUAGAUAUGGGGAGCAGCGAUACCACACCACUCCUAUCAACCCAGACACAGAUGGCCAUCUACGAUGAUUCCGAUAAUUACGUCCAGCAGCGGGCGGAAACCAUGCAAAAUAUAGAAUCUACCAUCGUUGAGCUUGGUGGAAUAUUCCAGCAGUUGGCGCAUAUGGUUAAGGAGCAGGAAGAAAUCGUGGAGCGUAUUGACACAAAUGUGGCGGAUGCGGAAUUAAAUAUUGAGGCUGCCCAUGGGGAGAUCCUGAAAUACUUUCAGUCCGUCUCCAAAAACCGCUGGCUGAUGAUCAAAAUCUUCGGCGUUCUCAUAUUCUUCUUCUUGUUCUUCGUUGUUUUUAUGUCUUAA